AUGGGGCUAGUGACUCCAUACCUGGACGAUGUUCAGGCCGCCAUCGUGAAGAACUACAAGGCUAUAGGUAUCGGAAUUGGAAUGGAGCGGCAUUUGAACAUACAGAAGAACAACGACAUUGCUAUCAUUGAUGAAGGUGUCCUCGAUGGCUUGGUGGACGAAGUCGUCGCUGGGAAGGUAGAUGCAGUGACGACGUUCUGUACUAAUUUCACUGCUGCGCAGAAAGUGGAGCUUUGGGAACAGAAGCAUGGACUACCAGUUUUUGAUACCGUCACAACUGUUAUUUGGGAUAUGUUACGGCUGUGCGACAUUGAUACGAGAGCUGUUGAAGGCUGGAGCAUGAUGUUCAAGAAGGGCGAUUUCUAUCUCAGCCUUGUUCUCAAGUCUGACCUUCGAAUAUACAUCCCAUGUGGAUUUCGCUCAAUCUCUGUAUUCCGUCUAAUAUAG